UUCACCUCAGCCUGUAUGUGUGUGUAUGUGUGUGUGUGUGUGUGUAUGGGUGUGUGUAUGAAAGAUAUUGAGAGGAGCUCACCGGUGAGUGCAGAGUGUUUUGAGGGCCGAGAGAAGGAUGAUGGGUUGACCUUUAAAAAGCAAAGGAAAAUCUGGAGAACAUGGAAGCCAAGCAGGUCCUCCAUUUUGUGCCAUCUGAGGCUCCAUCCACUGGGAGGUCCAAGAAUGGAUAUGUUUUCCAAGAGAUGGAGCUGCACGAUGGGGAACAGAAGGAUUGUGGGGAAGAUUCACACGCCACUCACAAAGAUGACAUCUAUGACAGCCAGAUCAGUGUUUCAGAUCCUGAAUGUCCUGGCUUCGGGCUUUUAAACACAACAAGAAAAUAUGUGAAGCCCAUGAACUUCCAGGAGGAAGUGCGUGCCCACAGAGACCUGGACAGCUUCCUGGCGCAAGCAAGCAUCCUUUUAGACGAGAAAGCUGCCACUCUGGACGAAGUCCUGAGGCGGAUGUUAAGUCAUUUGGUGGAGGAAGGCGACGGGAGCUGUGACGUGGACGAGGUCAUGAACUCGCUGUUCACGGACGCAGCAGGGAAGGAUUUUAAUGUGCACCUUCUGUCAGAGACCAUUCAGGGAGUGACGUCUACUUCCACUGGCAUUCAUUACCAGCAGUCCUGGCUUUGUGUUCUCUCCAAUGUGAAGAGCCUGCAUCGACGUCAUGUCUGCAUCGCCCGUCUGGAGAGGCCACAGAACUGGGGAGUCAACUGCUGCGAGGCCCGCUAUGUCAUCCUCAUCCUGGCCCCCCCUCGGACGAAAAGCACCAAGACGGCCAUCGAACUCAGUAGAACGUUUUCCACCAUGUUCUCCGACAUUUCCUUCAGACAGAAGCUUCUGGAGGCCAAGACGCAGGAGGAAUUCAAACAGGAGCUGGUCUACCAGCGACAGCAGCUCUCCAUAGUCACCGAGAAGCUGGUCGUAGAGGAUGUGCAGGACUCAGAUCCGCGUAGAGGGAAACCACUUCAGUGCAAAGAUUUCUUUAAAGCCGGUAAAGGUGUCUUUGAUGACCUCCGUCGCAGACUCCCCCUCUACCCCUCAGACUUCACAGACGGUAUAACUGGGAAGGACCGCUGCCUGCUGAAGUACACCACCACCGCUAUUUUCCUCUACAUUGCCAUUCUGCUGCCUGCUAUUGCCUUUGGCUCAUUGAAUGAUGAAAGCACAAGGGGAGAGAUAGAUGUCCAGAAGACCAUUGUGGGCCAAAGCAUUGGAGGAGUGAUCUAUUCUUUGUUUGCUGGCUCGCCACUCGUCAUUCCACUGACCACUGCACCACUGGCCAUCUUCAUAAGCGUAAUCCGGGGAAUCUGCGACGACUACGACCUCGACUUCAAAGCUUUCUACGCCUGCAUCGGUCUAUGGAACAGCCUGUUCCUCAUCCUCGGAGGCUUAUUCAAUGUCAGCCUGUUCAUGAAACUCUUCAAACGCUCAACAGAAGAAGUCAUUGCAUUGUUCAUCUCCAUAGCAUUUGUCGGGGAUGCAGUGAAAGGCACCGUCAAAAUCUUUCGCCACUUCUACCACGGGCCCACACUGGCAACCACAAACAGCACGUUGGUGCUUCAGCAGAUUACUGAGAUUCUAGAGAAAGUGAAGAACCAGACUGAACUCAAGCUCGAGCAUCACAAUGCGAGCGCGUCACUGAUGGGACACGCAGAGGAGCACGUGUCGAUCUUCCUGCCCGAGGGUCUGGUGUUGACAACGAGGGAAAGGCCCGUCCUCUGCCUGCUGCUCAUGUUGGCGACUUUGUGGCUGGGUUACGCCCUCUACCUCAUCAAGAGGAGCCCGUAUCUGAAUACUAAAAUCAGAGAGGUGGUGUCUGACUGUGCUUUGCCUAUCUCUGUGGUGAUAUGUUCCUUUAUUGGCUCCUACCUUUUCCUUGACAUACAGCUUCCUAUGUUCAGUGUCCACGAUGGACCCAUCUUCAACUUCCCUCAGUUUGAAAAGCUGUCAGGAAUGAACAUGCUGAGCGCCGUCGGGCUGGGUUUCCUCCUCGCAUUGCUCAUCUUCAUCGACCAGAACAUCGUCAUCUCCCUCACACAUGUACCAGAACACAAGUUGCUAAAAGGCACAGCGUUCCACUGGGACUUGGUGCUGACCGGCUUCAUCAACAUCCUCAUGUCCUGUUUGGGGUUGCCAUGGAUGCACGCUGCCUUCCCACACUCCUCCCUGCACGCCCGUCAGCUGGCCAAAGUGGAACAGCACGUGGAGAACGGACACGUCUACACCACUAUCGUCAGUGUGAAGGAGACUCGUCUGACCUCGCUGGUAGCAAACAUCCUGAUCGGCUUGUCUGCGUUCAUGCUGCCCAUUCCGCUGCAGUGGAUCCCCAAGCCCGUCCUCUACGGCCUCUUCCUCUACAUUGCAGCCACUUCGCUUGAUGGGAACCAGAUGGUGGACCGCAUGGCCCUGCUGCUAAAGGAACAGACCUCCUAUCCUCCCUCACACUACAUUCGCCGUGUGCCUCAGAGGAAGGUCCACUUCUUCACAGCUCUGCAGAUGAUCCAGCUGAUCAUCCUGUGUGCGUUUGGGAUGUAUCCGCUGCCUUACAUGAAGAUGGUCUUCCCCCUUCUGAUGAUCCUGCUGGUCCCUGUCAGGACCAGCCUGCUUCCCCGAGUCAUCGACGCCAAGUAUCUGGAUAUCAUGGACGCCCAGCACAUGUAGGACAGCAGCGCACGCCUUAUGAAAGGAUUCACUUUCUCCAGUUGGAAGGGAAACAGACUCAGAUCUCAAUGAUUGUGUUUAACAACUAAACAAAAAUGCAUUUGGACUGCAAGAUCUUGGAUGCGAGGCACUCUCUUGGUGACUGGACGACCGUUGACAUCCCUCAGAAGCUUUGAUCACACUUUUACCAGCUUCCACUUUAAUAUCCAACAUUUCUGCAUCGUAUUUAACAAUAUAGUCAAGAAGACGUUUCUUCUUUUUGUUCACAAACACACACGUCUGCCUUGAGCUGCUGACAUUUUUAGUUCUAUUUAAAAAGUGUUAAUUUCAUAUAACGUUCAGAGUGAAGCGUCACCUCACCUUAAUGCAGUUUUAAUCAACACCGAAGCGAAGAUAUGUGUUCCAGUUGUUCAAUUUAAUUUCAUGAGGAGACGCAUAACAUGAUAAAGUUUGUUUGUAUGAAAUUGUGUUCUGUGCAUUGUAAUGUUUGGAUUAAAUCAAACUGUUGUUACACUAAUAAAGCCCUUUAAAAAAG